AUGACCAAUUCUUCCCUUUUGAUUAACAGAUUCUGCCACACCGCCAACUCGACACCGUAUCACGGUUCUGCUAAACUACUUGCUGAAACAUUCUAUUUGUUUAUCCAAUUUAAGUCCCAGGAUUUUGCAAUGACAUUGGAUAUGAGCUGGACUAAAAUCACUAAUAAGGUAGAUCCAGUGUUCAUUAAUGGAGCGAUAGCUUUUGCAGAAAGGGGUAAAACAUAUGUUGAUAGUGAAGGUAGGAUACAUUGCCCGUGUAAAAAGUGUGUGAAUGCAAGAAGACAUGUUCCCACAGUCGUUGCUGAUCAUAUCAUCUAUAAUGGUUUUGAACCAUCAUACAAUGUAUGGAUUCAUCAUGGUGAACAUCUUCCGGGUUAUGAAACAGAUGAUACAGAUAGUGACUAUGAAGAAAGUGAAAACGAAUCUAAUGAUGGUGUCAAUGAGUUACUUGAUGAUGUUUUUCCUACGGGCGGCGAAACUGAAGCUGAAAACUUCAUGGACGAUGCCAAACUACGUAAUAACCCAAAGGUGGAGAAGUUAUUUGUCGAUAUGGAGAAGCCUUUAUACCCCGGGUGUGAUGAGUUUUCUGUACUAGGCUUUUUACUAGAGUUGAUGAACGUGAAGGUAACAUGCAAAAUGACAAAUGUGUCAAUGGAUAUGAUUCUCAAUUUAUUUAGUCGGGCCUUCAAGGAUGCAAACUUGCCGAAGAACCAUUAUGAGGCGAAAAAGUAUUUACGUACUCUUGGACUAGGAUACGAAUCUAUUCAUGCUUGUAAACAUGAUUGUGCAUUAUUUUGGAAAGAAAAUGCAGAAUUACAAAAUUGCCCCGUGUGUGGCACUAGUCGUUAUAAGGAAAAUAGUAAAGGGAAGAAAAAACCGGUAAAAAUUUUGCGUUACUUUCCCAUCACAAGUAGACUUAAGCGCUUAUAUGCCUCAAGACACACUGCUAAGGAAAUGUUGUGGCACGAUAAAUACAGAACCAAAGAGGAGGGGGUUCUUAGACAUCCAGCAGAUGGAAAGGCAUGGAAACACUUUGAUACAAUGUUUCCUGAUUUUGCAAAGGAUCCUAGAAAUGUUCGCCUAGGGCUUGCAAGUGAUGGUUUCAAUCCGUUUGGUGCAAAGAGUCUCUCAUAUAGUAUGUGGCCUGUUGUGCUCAUACCAUACAAUAUGCCUCCUUGGAAGUCUAUGGUCGAUGCUUCAUUUAUGUUGACAUUGCUGAUUCCUGGAAGCAAUUCACCAGGUAAUGAUAUUCAUGUAUUUUUGCGUCCACUAAUAGAUGAGUUGAAACCUCUAUGGGAUAAGGGUGUUGAAACAUAUGAUUGUGAAUCAAAACAGAAAUUCAACAUGCGUGUUGCACUUCUAUGGGCAAUUAAUGAUUUUCCUGCGUACGGUUAUUUGUCUGGAUGGAGCACGAGUGGAUAUAAGGCAUGUCCAAUAUGCAAUGAAGAUGCGAGCAGUAUACGUUUACGAGAUAGAAUAGGAUAUGUAGGUCAUAGGCGAUUUCUCCCGACCGAUCACUCUUGGAGGAAAGCACGAGAUUUUAAUGGACAGAGAGAGACUAGGCUUGCACCUAAAAUUGUCAACGGAGAUGAUUGCUUACAUCAGUUGAAACAUCUCCCUAUACAUCAGCAUGGAAAACAUCCGGAUCAUGUAGGUAAAAAGAGAAAACGAAACUCACAUGAUAUAAACUGGUCAAAGAAAAGCAUCUUCUUCGAACUCCCAUAUUGGCCUAAGUUAUUGAUUCGUCACAACAUUGACGUGAUGCAUGUGGAAAAAAAUGUGUGUGAGAAUGUGUUGGGAACCCUAUUAAACAUAGAAGGAAAGACCAAAGACACUGACAAAGCCCGACUAGAUUUGGAAGAUAUGAACAUAUGUAAAGAGCUUCACUUGGUUAGAAAGAAUGAUCAUUGGGUUAAACCACAUGCUUUGUAUGUUUUAACUCGAGAUGAGAGAAAACAAUUUUGUAAUUUACUUAGCUCUGUGCGUUUCCCAGAUGGGUAUGCUGGAAAUUUAGCUAAAAAUGUGAUUGCUGAGCAAGGUAAGGUACAUGGGCUAAAAUCACAUGAUUGUCACGUCUUAAUACAACGCCUAAUUCCUAUUGCAAUCCGUCCCUUUAUGACAAAACAGAUUCGUGAGGCAUUAGUGGAGUUGUCUCAGUUUUUCAAGAAACUUACUCAAGUCACAUUACACGUGAAUGAGUUGGAAACGUUGCAAGAAGAUGUAGUUAAGAUUUUGUGCAAGCUUGAACGUAUAUUUCCCCCAUCAUUUUUUACAGUUAUGGUGCACUUGUGUGUGCAUCUUCCUCAAGAGGCAAUUUUGGGAGGACCUGUACAAUCGAGGUGGAUGUAUCCAAUCGAAAGAUACCUUGGCCAUUUAAAAAAAUAUGUUAAAAACUUAGCUAAACCCGAAGGCUCGAUAGCAGAAGCUUAUGUUGUUGAAGAAGCUAUAACAUUUUGUUCACACUAUUUACGAGGUGUUGAAUCCAAGUUAGACAAACGUGACAGAAAUGAUGACAAAACCUCUAGUGAUGCUCAAAGUUGUGUGUUGGAUGUUUUUAGAUUGAAUGGUUGA